AUGUCCUCUGCCUCCCCCACCGCCCCGAUCCCCGGCGUGGUGGCGGCGAUCAAGCAGGAAAACGUGCUGGCGGACAUGCUCUCCGGCGGCGUCGGGGCGCAGGAGAAGGCAGCCCGGGAAGGCUGCGCGCCGCCUUUCGCCAGGAAGCAGGAGGAGGAGGAGGACGACGGGGAGGACGAAGACGACGAGGACGAGGAGGCAGCGGCGGAGGCGGCCGACCAGGUCCUGCUCCACGCCGAGCUGCUGGUGCGCAACCAGCCCGUGCGCCACGCUGCCCUCUCCGCCGCGCCCGCCUGCUCCUCGCCGUCUCCCGCCUCGCCUUGCUCGCCGCCGGCUCCGCUGGCUUUCUCCCCGGAGCACGUCGCGUGCGUGUGCGAGGCUCUCCAGCAAGGCGGCCACCUGGACCGGCUGGCGCGGUUCCUGUGGUCGCUGCCGCGGAGCGACCUGCUACGUGGCAACGAGAGCCUGCUGAAGGCGCGCGCGCUGGUGGCUUUCCACCAGGGUCUUUACGCGGAGCUGUACGGCAUCCUGGAGAGCCACAGCUUCGACGCCGCCAACCACGCGCUGCUGCAGGAGCUGUGGUACAAGGCGCGCUACAGCGAGGCGGAGAGGGCCCGCGGGCGGCCCCUGGGCGCCGUCGACAAGUACCGCCUGCGCAGGAAGUUCCCCUUGCCGCGGACCAUCUGGGACGGCGAGGAGACGGUGUACUGCUUCAAGGAGAGGUCGCGCAACGCGCUCAAGGAGCUCUACAAGCAGAACCGCUACCCGUCGCCCGCCGAGAAGCGCAACCUGGCCAAGGUCACCGGGCUCUCGCUCACGCAGGUCAGCAACUGGUUCAAGAACCGACGGCAGAGGGACCGCAACCCCUCCGAGCCGCAGUCCAAGAGGUGAGCGCGCCCGCGGGAAAGGGAAAAACUUUCGCAAACUUUUUGGAGAGAGAAAGAGGAGGAGACAGGGAGUGGGGAAUCGGCCGGGGACAAAGCAGCUCCAGAAUCCGGGAGCUCCUUGAGGCAGGGAGAGAGGGAGAGGCAAGCGAGGGGGACGGAACUCUGCACAUGGGCAGGGGGCGCAGGAGUGCGAUCUGGCGUAGCAAGUCCCCGGGUUAAGAGACGGCACAGCCUGAGGCUCUUGCUGGACGCGGGGGCUCCGCGCUCUGCUUGAUUUCCACUCUGUUUAGACCUUGUUCCCUGCCCUUUAUCGCCUGUUGUCUUCCCUUCCCCAAAACUUCCUGCUGCUUUGCUUGAUUCCUUGCCACCACCACCCCUCUCUCUUCUGCCCUCUGCCUUGUUAGAUAUGCUAAUUUCCCGGCCCCACAAAAGGCCUUUGGUGCCCCCACCCUACCCCAAUGCCCCAUCUUUCUUUCUGGUUUAGCAUCCAUAAUUCGCACUCUGAGCCACUGCCUCAUUCCCAGCUUAUUUCCCCCCUUUGCAUCCCACCCCCAUCCUUCUUGCCUGACCCUCUCCUUCCACCUUGUCUUUCUUUGUUUCUCCAACCACCACAUGCCAUCUCUUUUAACACCUUGCCUGCUCCUUUGCUUUUCCUGUCCUCCCCCCUUUCCCCUCCUGUCUGGCUUGCUCCCUCCCUUCCCCUGCCCUGUCUGUCCUAGCCUGGCUCUCAUUCCUUGACAAACAUGGCGUUUACCUUACAGCUUUCUUCUCUCUCUCUCUCUCUCUCUCUCUUUCCUCCCACCACUGCCCCAAAUCUCUCACUUUUAAAAACACACCCACCCACCCUCUUCUUCCUUGCAGAGUGUAGAGCAAAAUAAGUGUCUCUGGUAAUCUCCUUGUCCCUUAAAAGUACUUUCUUCCCACUUCCUUCAUCCUGCACUCAAGGCUACAUAAUUCCCCCACCCACCCACUAAAAAAGAAAGUGGUUAUUUUGCUUCCAGAUUCCCUGGGUGGAAAAUCUCUCCUCCACCAUGGCUUGCACCCCAUAACCUUCAAGGUAUCUCUGCCUGGGAGCACUUUUUGUAGCUUGAUUCGUCCUGGGGUGGGGGUACCCCUUUAUUCCUCUCCCAGUGCGAAAAUAUAAAAGUUCCUCUUCCCCCAGUGCUCCCCACUUUAUCCACCAGCAAAACAGCUCCCCCCUCCAACACCAAAACUUCUGUGUGUUCUUUCCAAUGCCAUAUCCUUUAUUUCUCUGUUUACUCCUUUCCUUGCGCACGAUUCAUGAAAUUAUGAUGUUCUGUAUACAUUGCCACAAACCGCCAACCUAACAUUUAAAAUCUGCUGUUGCCGUGGGGUGUGUGUGUGUGAAAAAAAUGUUUCCAGAUCUGCAAACUCCAUACUACCAUGGGAAGAAAAGUUUUCUUUCUCCAUCUUAACCCUCUGCAUAAAUAGCAGCAGCCUCCUUUCCUAGGUUCCCUCAACACACCCAACAAACACGCAGUCGUCUCUGAUCAUCUCCUCUUCUUGUUGUCCAAGGAAACUUUCUCUCCCCUCUCCCAUUUUUAUUUGACAGCGUUAAUCAUUUGCCCAGGUUUUAUGUCACCAAGGGGUGGGAAACCGAGAGAGGGAAACUUGAAGCUCCUUCCGUGGCAGGAGGGUUGCUAGUCCCUCUCCCCACCCCCUCCUUGCACACUCACUCGGGUCUCUUGUUGUGAAACUUGAUUCUGCCUUCGGUUCAGAUCAGUUUUCCUUUCCCCCACAAGACAGGAACCGGGGACUGCCCAGGUCUAUAAUCCCAAGCAGCCCCUUGCCCUCAAAGGCUCCCAGGACAGAGCACCACCUUUCUGAUCUCCCUUUAUUCCUUCCCUCGUUCCCACUGAAAAUAUACUGGUGCGUGACUUAUUCCUAAAAUACCACAGAGAUUUAAAUGUCUGAACCUGCAAAGCCUGCUCUCUCUUUUUCUUUCACUAGAUCUGGGCCAAUGGUUGGGUCAGUUGUCCAAGGCUAGGAGACUUAAAAUCGGGGGGGGGGGAGGGCUUUGGCUAGUGAGAGGCCACCCCAGAGGUAUUCUGUUGGGCCAUCCAGGUGAGCUGACCUGCUUGCCUGCCCAAGGCACAUUCCUCUCCUCCUGUUCCUCCUCUUCUCUUUUCUUGCCCUCUUGCUUGGUUUUGGAGAGGGGCUGGUUGACAGAAGGCAGGAAAAGUGGUGGGUGGUUGUUGUUUUUUGUGAAAGGAAAAACACCGCCCUCAACGGCCCAUCUUCAAGCAAGGACACACAGGUUGUGCUGAGGCAGGUAGCUCCUUUCAAUCCUUGGAGGACAUAACAUCAAAGCUACAAAUGGCAGGCGAGGAAGGAGGGUGUAAAACCGGGAGGACCAGCUGCAAAAGUCUGGCCUGCGGAAGUUUGACCAGGCUACAAUUCUUGCAAGGCCAGUUAUUUGUUUGUUUGUUUUUUCUGAUGGGUGUAAGGGGCAAUUUGCUUCAUUAUUAUUAUUAUUAUUAUUUGCUGGUAGGUACUCUGAGCAAAGAUCCUCUGGCAAGCUUUGCAGGCUGCAGUUGCUCUCUUCCAGUGGUGGUUUAAAUCAGUUCUUAAAAUCCUGGGUCUUUAUAUCCCUUCUUUUUUCUAAGCACCCGGAAGCAAACGUAACCCAGUAGGAGGUGUUUUAUACCUCCAUGGGCUAUAUCACAUGUUUUUAUGUGGCUUACACACAAAAAAAACUCCAGAAAAUAUUUGAUGCAUGUUGCUUGCAGACAUGUGUUUGCUAUCGGCAAGUGUUGUAGCAGGAACAUAACUGGCUGUGACUUCCUGGAGCCUGUUAUCAAUGUAUUCAGUUUAAGGGUGUGGGGGAGGAAUCCUUCACUCCCCAAUUUCUCCCAGCCUCUUCCCCCAAUCAGAUCCCUGUUCUUCAGAAACCUCCAUAUAUCUCCAGUCAGCUCACUGGCUUAGCAGGGCUAACUUGUUAUAACACUGAACUGUUUGUGCUCCGUGUAUCCUGAAGGCAAACUGGAUCCUAACCACUUUCACCCCAGCUGCCCCCCCCCCAGUCCUGCUCCCCCACCUCCUCUGCAUGGAUAAACUCCAGCAACAAAACUAAUUUGAAUACUAUUUUUAAAAGAAAAGGGAGUGUAAAACUUAAAACUAAUUUAAUCCUUUCUGGAUCAAUGAGAUCUGGGAACGGAUAUUACGUGUGCACAAACCCACAGGAUAUGCUUCACCUCAUAGCAAAUAUUUAUUCCUGCCCCUAUAACUGCAACCCUAUGGGGAGUGGAGGCAGGCAGCCGAGUGAUAGAAGCAUAGAGUUGCAAGGGAGCAUGUGUGAAAUAUUCUUGCUUUCUUUGCUGAUCUAAAAUAAAGUGUUCACUUGACUUCAUGGGAUGUGUUUAGAGGCAUCUAUCUUCCUCAGAAAGCAGGUGUGUCAGGUUGGGUCAAAGGCAGAAGUUGUUUUUUUGCUUUAAGGACUAUUUUUUAAACCUGCGUUAACACUUUUUAAUAGUUGCAAGGUAUAGAAAACCAGCUCCAGCAAAUAUUCUUUAAUCAUUCUGCUUUGUACCGUUUAAUCAGGAGCCUAUCCCAGAGCAGGCCCUUCACGCCUCUUCCAUCUCAAUCCUCCCAAAAUCUCUAUACAGUGGUACCUCGGGUUAAGAACUUAAUUCGUUCCGGAGGUCCGUUCUUAACCUGAAACUGUUCUUAACCUGAAGCACCACUUUAGCUAAUGGGGCCUCCCGCUGCCGCUGCACGAUUUCUGUUCUUAUCCUUAAGCAAACUUCUUAACUCGAGGUAAUAUUUCUGGGUUAGCGGAGUCUGUAAACUGAAGCGUAUGUAACCCGAGGUACCACUGUAUUGGGGUCGGCAAGCUUUACCUUGCCUGGGCUGGUUUACUGCUGGAGAGCUCCCUCCGUGGGCUGUAUUGCGGGUGCUCAUGAGCACACCUGCAUCCGCGCAGAAGUCAUUUCCAUCGCUGCUCGGUGAGUCCCUGCGCCACAUGUCGGUUUAACGCAGUGCGCAGGGACUCAACGAGUGGGCAGCUCAGGGGCCGGUAUAAUGACCCCCGUGGGCCGCUUGUGGCCCAUGGGCCUUAGGUUGCCGACCCCUGCUCUAUGUCUUUCGGUUUUUCCUAAGGAGACAUACUUAAUUUUGCCCUUCCCCCAUUUUUUAUCCUCGCAACAACCCUUUGAGGAAGGUUAGGCUGAAAGAGAAUGACUAGCCAAGAUUUGCCCAGUGAGGGUCAUGGCUGAGCAGGGCUUUGAACCUGCACGUUCCGGGUCAGACACUCUAUAAGUGCAACACUACACCUGCUCUCUUGCAGAAAUCUGCUGUUGUGUCCCUUUGCCUGCGUUAAGACUUGACUGCUUUUCAGCUUUUAGCAAUAUUGGUUAUUGCGAUGAAUCUGCCUGGCGAGCAAUUGUCAUCUCUUUCCCUGGCUAUUUUCUUUUUUGGCUGCAGAAAGGGGGCCACUAAACAUUGCAUACAAAUUUAUUCUCUUGUAGCUGCAUUAAUCAGUGCUUGCAUUUAAUUCUUUUUUUGCCAUCACUUGAAUCCUUUCCAGUAAUGGUUUGUUUUGCAGAUGAGUAAGAUACAUGGGCUGUAACAUCCUCUUAGUUUAGACCACAAGCAUUGUAGAAAUGAGAGCGUUCGAAAAAUAAACAACUCUGCUCCUUUGCUUAUUUGCAGGGAUGUGUGAUCAUCCCACUUCCAAACCCCUCUGAAACUUCACAGCUGCAAUAACCUUGGGGGGCUUACUCCUUUCAUUUCCCCAGUGGGCUGUUCCUUUCCUCCCAUUGGGAAGUGCCAAGGAAUUGAGGACAUCUGACACAUUUUGGCCAAGCUGUCACGGUGGUGAUAAAUCCAUCAGUUCAAAGAGCUUUUAACAGGCUGUUGUGUCUGUGACAUUUUGGAACAACUCUGACAUUCUGGAUAUUGCCUGGUUGGCCAUGUCUUGAAGUCCAUCUUCCAGAUGUCAUAUUAAAGACUUCUUUACUUGUUGUUUUCCUUACAUGGGGAAAAUGGCAUCACUUGGUGGUAGAGUACUUGGUUUUCACGCUGAAAGUCCCAUGUUCACUCCUCCCAGGUAGGGCUGGGAAGGACUCUUACCUGAAAGCCCUUCUGUGAGCAGGUACAUCAUCUUAAAACAAAACCUUGCUUCAGAAUUCUUUCCUCCUACAUAAUAGACAGAUCAGCUCAUGUAAUGGAUGAUUUGGCUAAAAUUUCAGCAUUUUUGGUUGGACCAGAUGAACCACUGUGCCCUUUCCAACUCCACAAUUCUGUGAUUCUAUAACCCACUAAAACAGGCAUGAUAAUUAUUUAAGCGAAAUAUUGUCCUGUUUACAGUCAUACCUCGGGUUACAGACGCUUCAGGUUGCACGUUUUCAGGUGACAGACGCGCCAAAACCCGGAAGUACCAGAACGGGUUACUUCCGGGUUGCGGCACUCGCACAUGUGUAGAAGCGCUAAAUCGCGCUAUGCGCAGAAGACCAAAUCGCAACCCGCGAGUGUGGAGACGCGGCUCUGCAGGUUGCGAACGUGCCUCCUGCACGGAUCACAUUCACAACCCGAGCGUCCACUGUAUUGAAUUUAUUUCAUUAACAAGUCUCUUCCUAUGAAACAUCUCAAAGCAAUUGGCUAGUUAGAAAUACACACACACAAAAAAAUCAUUGUUUUAUUGUCUUUAAAAAAACUAUCUUGUGCUGGGAUACUGUGAAGAGCGGGUUAUAAAAGCAGCCUUCUAAAUUCAUUUUGUACCUGCCUAUUGGCCACUUGAGACCAAGUGAAGAUGCCCAGGUGCCAGGACGACGCCUGACGUCUCCACCACCUGAAGGUACCUGCCUAGGGAUCCUUGGAUCCUGACUGUUUUCACACACUAACAGCGCAUCCUGUAGAAUUCUAUCCAUUAUCUUUUAUCUGCACAGUCGGAAUGAAUUUCAGGAGCCAAAAAGUCGUAUUGAAAUAUACGACUUUUGAGCCGUCUGGCCCCAAAAUGGCAGCUAGGCAUUCCAUUUUGGCAACUGUAACCCUCGUUUAAGGAGCCAUUAAGCACCUACCGGUGGCUUAUAUAUCUGAGUUUCAAUAAAUAGUUAGCGUUUUAGGCCUCAGGCAGACGUGUAGAGAAAGAGAAGAUAAAUUAGCCACCUAAUGUGUGAUUCAUGUAAUGCAUAAUUAAUUUAUAAGAUUUGCUGCCGUAAGAAUUGAAGGCCACUGUCCUGCUUAUUUGAAAUAUUGAUAGGCUGCCUUUCGCAUCCUGUCAAGGCAAGAUCCAAAUGUAAUAAGCCAUCAUAAAACUUAAUAAAAUACCAGCGAACCAGCCCACUAAGCCCAUCAUCAGAACGCUAAAAUCAAAUGUUCAUAGUUGAAACGGCACCAAUUCAAACAGUUGUGCUAUAAAACCCAUUAUGCAAAAGCAAUUUUAAACAGUUGGGUUGUUAAAGCCCACUUUAAAGCCAGCAGUGAUGGGACUUGGCAGGCAUCACUUUGUAGCAGAGUUUCACAGGCAUGGGGCCAUAGCUGAGAAGGCCCUUUCCCCCUCUCUACCUCCCAGUCUAAUUGACCUUGAAGGCAGGCACACUAGCCGGGCCUUGGAAGAUGACUUCAAGGUGCAAGUAGGUCGUCUUUGGAAUGCUCUUCCCUGUGGAGUUGUGCCUGGGCCUCAAGAAUCCUCCAGAUAAUUCCAGAAUAUUCUGAAUGUCAUGGCGUGCAGCUCGCGAGGCCAUAGCAUGUUACAAACCAGGUUACCCAAUACUGGUUUCUGAGCGCUAAGUCUGAACUAGGGCUAGUGGAAGGUUAUUAGCCUGUCGGCAGCGCUCUCCAAAGCAGGCCAAAGCUGCAUUUAUUUAUUUUUUGCAAACGUGAUGGGAUAUAUUGGCAGUCAGGAGGCAUCGACGUCUUCAUUUUUAAUGGAGUUGCAGGCUUAUUCAAAAGUAAGGUGAUGGAGAGUGUUCAAGUCUCUGUCUUUCCUUCCUCCAUCCUAAGUAGAAAGAAAAUGGCUAGUGUGUUAUUUUUUCUUUAAAGGCUUUAAAGCCCUGUAUGGCCUAGGACCCUAGUACCUAUGGGACCGCCUCUCCUGGUAUGCCCCAUGGAGGACCUUACGGUCUGCAAAUAAUAACAUCUUGGGCCUCAAGAGAGAUUAGGCUGGCCUUGACCAGAGCCAGGGCCUUUUCGGCCUUGGCCCCAGCCUGGUGGAAUGCUCUGCCACAAGAGAUCAGGGCCCUUGGUCAGGGCUCAGCCUGACUCCCCUUCCCUUUUUGUAUAAGAACUAGUGUGAAAGAGGCCUCCCAGCAUUCUCACAGGCCCAUAUAAGAUCAGCGUACACAGUUGGGCCUGAUGAGCAUUUACUAUUCCCAACCCAAAUCGUGCAGAAAACCAUCUAAUUCAGAUUUUUUAUUUUAUCCCGACUUGUUUUUAAGAGGUGAUUUAAUUAUUGUUUGAUUUUCUAUCAAUGUUUAUAUAUGAUGUUAGCCGCCCUGAGCCCGGUCUCAGCCAGGGAGGGUGGGAUACAAAUAAAAGAUUAGUAUUAUGGUUAUUAUCAUUAUCAUUAUUAUUAUUUCUUAUACAUGCUGAGGAAGGGGUAAUGACUGAGAAAGUGGCGGGCAUGCAUGCAAAAGGUCUCAGGUUCAUUCCACAGCAUCUCCAGUUGAGAAGGAUGUCAGGAAACAGGUGAUGUGAAAGAUGUCCGCUAAGGAGCCACUGUCAGUCAGGGCAGGCAGUUCUAGAAUAACGACAGGUAAAUUGUUUGCUCUGACAAGGCAGCUUACUAUGGCCAGUGCCAAGGGCCUUCUGGUGGUUCCCUCAUUGUGAGAAGUGAGGUUACAGGGAACCAGGCAGAGGGCCUUCUCAGUGGUGGCACCCACCCUGUGCAUUGCCCUCCCAUCUGAUGUCAAUGAAAUAAACAACUAUCUGACAUUUAGAAGUCAUUUGAAGGCAGCCUUCUUUAGGAAAGUUUUUAAUGUUUGAUUCUAUUUUUAAUAUUCUGUUGGAAGCCACCCAGUGUGGCUAGGGAAACCCAGGAUAUAAAUAAACUAUUAUUAUUAUUAUUAUUAUUAUUAUUAUUAUUAUUACUAUUGCGUACCUUUGGUCUCAACUCUGAGUAACCCCAUGGAAAUUAACGGACAUGACUAACUUAUGGAUAUGUGCCUGGUGAACUCAUUGUAUUGUUCUAGUCAUCCUCUGAAAGCUUCUUUAUUUUGGCAACCUUACCCAGACACAAUCAGUUGUCUAUCUUCAUCUGUGUUUUAAUGAUAAUUAUUUUAUGUACGCUUGUUCUUACUGGUUUCCUGGAUUUUACAUGUGUUUCGUCUACAGUUUUGUUAUAUGCAGCCACUUAGCUAUCUGAUUUCAUAAAUAUUUUGACAUUAAUGCAAGUGCAUUGAUUUCAGUGGGUCUACCGUGAGUAGAGCAGAAUUGGAUGCAACCCAUACUCAGACCUUCCAAGUGCCCCUGUUUUUCAGGGACAGUCCCAGAUUUACUGAAGUCGCCACGGUUUCUGGUUUGAUCCCAGAAUGUCCCACUUUUUCUUAGGACGUUCCUAUUUUCAUUGCAGAAAUGUUGGAGGGUAUUAAGUUAUGUAACCCCUGAGCAAGGAGAUAAGUACCGUAACUAUUCAGCCUUUAGAAGACAUCUGAAGGCAGCCUUGUUUAGGGAUGUUUUAAAAAAAUAUUUAAUGUAUUAUUAUGUUUUUAUAUAUGCUGGUAGCUUCCCCACAGUGGCUGGGGCAACACAGUCAGAUGGGCGGGGUAUAAAUAAUAAAAUUAUUAUUAUUAUCAUAGAAUAGGGUGUCCUUAUUUUCAUCAGAAAAAUGUUGGAAGGUGUGGAGUUUAUGAAUCCUGGAACAGCAGGACCUCCUCUAACCUCAAAUAAAAUUACAAAAUGUGUUUUUAAUAAAUCAACCCCUCACCUUCCCAGGCUUCAGAAGUGACAUGUGUUGCAGCAUAUGUUAUUGUGAGAAACCUCAAUAUGCUUGCAGAGCUUUGGAUUGUGACCAGCGGUUUUCUUAGGAUGGUGCCUUAGCUUGGGAGCUACUUUCUGUAGGCUGGGGGGGGGGGAGUUGUCCAAGGAUUUCCAGAUCUCAGAGUAACUUCAGCUAGUGCAGAAUUCAGUGGCCAGGUUGCUCACCUGAGCAAGACGGUCUGAGCAUAUUACACCGAUCCUGGUCCGACUGCACCAGCUACCAAUUAGUUUCCUGGCCCAAUUCCAAGUGCCGGUUUUGACCCAUAAAGCCUUAAACUGCUCGGAACACAAUUCCUCAAGGACCGCCUCUUUCCAUAUGAACCUACCCAGACUCUGAGAUUGUCUUCUGAGGCCCUCCUUCGUGUGCCGCCUCCUCAAGAGGUCCAAAGGGUGGCAACGUGAGAACAGGGCCUUCUCUGCAGUGGCUCCCCGUCUGUGGAAUGCUCUCCCCAGGGAAGUUCACCUGGUGCCUUCAUUAUACACCUUUAGGCGCCAGGCAAAAACGUCACUUUUUCACCUUUGGUUGAUCUGAUUGACAUCCUAUGCCCUUUUAAAAUGUGGGGUUUGUGUGUUUGGGGGGGGAGGUUAUUGGGUUGUUGUUUUGAUUUUGAUUGUGCAUUUUGUGGUUUUACAUUUUGAUUUUACUCCGUGAACCGCCCUGAGAUCUCCAGGUAUAGGGCAGUGUAUAAAUCCAAUUAAUAAAAAUAAUAAUGACAACAACUUCAGAACCCAAGAAAAAGCACAGGAAGUGCAAGUGUCUCAUUCAUUCUUAUUUUCUUUUAUUCCUCUAAAUUUUCACAAUGUCCAGAAUAGAUUUUUCACGUCUUUCCCCAGUGGGGUGAGGCAGGUCAUGAGCCAGCCUUUGUCAGCCUGGUGACCUCCAGCUAUCUUGGACCACAACUCCCAUCAUUCCCAGUCAGCACACCGAUGGGAGUUGUAUUCCAAAACAGCUGGGGGCUGAUGGGAGUUGUAGUGACAGCUGGAGAUCACCUGGUUGGUGAAGACCAUAGCUGUCAACUGUCCCUUAUUUGGGGGGAAAGUCCCGUAUCCCAGGGCCGUGUCCCGCUGCUGUCCCUUAUUGAUGAUGUCCCUUAAAUUUCCCGGGUUUCAAAGGAAGCAGCUCCUGUCCCUCCCUCCCUGCCGGCCAGGGAGGAGGGAGGCUCCAACUGUGUUGCUUGGCUGCGUUGCUCACCCAAUAAGGAGUCUGAGAACGGCUGGGGGGAUGGAGCUUGCAUGGCUUGUGCCAAUCAAAUCAGCCGCGUUGCCUGGGGACUCGCCUUUGCUCAGCGCUUCCCAGCAGAGAGGUGACGGUGGUUUUCCUUGCUGCAUCCCCUUUGCUGGGUUGCUGCGCUGUGGGAACCACUGCUUGAGGCUUUGUUUGGCUGCUGGCUGGGCUUUCUGCCUUUGGCUUGGAGGGGCUCAGAAGUUGAACAUACCUGUGUUCGGAAAAUCCCUUAUUUUGGCUGGUGAUCCCUUAUUUUCGAGGCUGGUGGUCCCUUAUUUUCAAAUCUGUAAGUUGACAGCUAUGGUGAAGACUACUUGUGAAUAAACUAUGAAGGGGGAUCAAAAACGACUAUAAGUCGUGUGCCUGGAUGCAAAAAAGUCUCCUACAUGGUUUGGCGUUCCCAAUGCAUUUCAAUAUUUAUCAAGAGUAAAAUGAUACGAUCGAAACGUGUUUGGAUGAUCAAUCUUCGCAUCUCUUUUCCUCCCUUCGUACAGACAUGCAAGCUGUCCCUGCCUCAGCCUGAUGGUUGAAGCUGAUUGUAACUGGCUGAAUUGUUUUCAUAAUGCACCUACUAGCCCAAAUACUCUGGAGGCAAGCCAACUGAGUUUAAUCGUUUUCAAGGACCCAUUGAUCCCAAAGGAAGAAUUAGGCAUUGGGCUCAACAUCUCACCCAUUGAAAUCAGUGGGGUUUGAAAAGUACUGAAAUUGGGCUCGACUGUGCCUUAAAUAAUUAAAAUGUGCACCAUAAAUAAUGCAAGAAUUUAAAUAGUAUAAAUGGCAGGGGGUUAAGUGAGAACCUUCUUGUAUAUUUAUAUGCAUGUAGUUGAAAAUCAAUAACAAAUACUAAUAUAAAUUAUUAUUUUUUUAAAAGAAAGAAAGCAAGAUCAUGUGGGACCUGGAAAUCACGUGGGACUAGAUUGCCAUAGCUUUAAAGACAUUCUUUGUCCUUGAGAAUAAAUAUUUAUAUAGCUUCCAAUCUUUGCUCAGAAGCUGUGUGCAUUUUUCUGCAUGGUAGCAAGUUCAGAUAGCAGAAAAUAUUCCAUCAUUUUAAAAAAAAAUCAGCGGUGGGAGAAAAAAGAAGUUAUAUAGGUGAGAAGGAAUGAUAGCCAACUUUGAGAAAGAAUUAUAGGGGUGUCUGUCGUCCAUAAUUUUAUCAUUCCAAAAGUUGAUGGCAAGGCGCAUCUUUCUAUGAAUUUAUACUGUUGGUUCUUUGUUGCCCUUCUUUGGAAAGUUACCAUAAAGUCAUUUGUCUUUUCCAAAUUAAACUUGGGGAAUGGCUUCAGCCAGGGUUAGAAAUGGAGAUAUAUAAGCUAGCUGCUAAAUGGCUCUUUAAACCAAGGUUACAGUUGCCAAAGCAUUGCGUCUAGUUGCUAUUUUGGGUUGUUGUUGUUUAGCCGUGUCCGACUCUUCGCAACCCCAUGGACCAGAGCACGCCAGGCACUCCUGUCUUCCACUGCCUCCCGCAGUUUGGUCAAACUCAUGCUGGUAGCUUCGAGAACACUAUCCAACCAUCUCGUCCUCUGUCGUCCCCUUCUCCUUGUGCCCUCCAUCUUUCCCAACAUCAGGGUCUUUUCCAGGGAGUCUUCUCUUCUCAUGAGGUGGCCAAAGUAAUGGAGCCUCAGCUUCACGAUCUGUCCUUCCAGUGAGCACUCAGGGCUGAUUUCCUUAAGAAUGGAUAGGUUUGAUCUUCUUGCAGUCCAUGGGACUCUCAAGAGUCUCCUCCAGCACCAUAAUUCAAAAGCAUCAAUUCUUUGGCGAUCAGCCUUCUUUAUGGUCCAAUUUAUGGCCAUUUUGGGGUUAAGACGGCUCUAAAGUCUUAUUUUUCAAGUGAUGGACUGGCUGUAAUUGAUUAUCAGUUAAACACCUGGCUAGUUCAGAUGACAACCUUAGCUAGAUUAAGAGAUUUGAGAACUUAAAGAAGAAAAGUCUCUUGAUCCAGGGACAGUCCACAUAUAUAUUGGCCUGUUCCAACCUCUUUUUCUUAAUGGGGAGUGCUCCCGCUCAGGCUGCACAGAAAAAGCAUGUUGGUUUCUCAAAUUCAUUCUGAUUGUGCAGAGAAAAUAUAAUUCUACAGGAUGGGGUGUUAGUGUGUGAAAACAGGCAAGACCCAAGGAUCCCCAGACAUUCACCUCCAGAUGAUGGAGAUGUCUUCAUCCUAGCAUCUUCAUUUGGUCGCAAGUGGCCAGUAGCCAGGUGCAAAAUGCUGGCAGCAGCUUAGUAGCAGAGCCUCUGCGUUGCAUUCCAAAGGUCCCAGGUUCGGGGAUAGUGCGCACCCCGGAAAUGAUCUCUUUCAGCUUCUGCCUUCUGGAAGAAGGUACAGAGUUAUAAAGACUAGGACUAGCCCCCUGAGAAACAGUUUCUAUCCAAAUGCGAUUUUGGUUUUAAACGCAGCGUAAGGUAGUCUCUGUGUGAGAAAACUGUAUUCAGUUAUGGGGUAUCAGAGUUUUUAGGGGUUAACCAGGCUGGGAUAGCUGGGAUAGCAGGCUUGUGGGUUUUUGAAUGUCUGAUGUAGAUUUUUCAGUUUCGUUGUUCUGUAUGGGAUAGUGACAAUAAAGAUUAUCAUAUCGUAUCGUAUCCUAGCAUAUUCAGGUAGGGCUGGGAGAGAACCCUGUCCGGAAUCCUGAAGAGCUGCUUUCAGUGGUGUCCAAACUUUUUUCAAAGGAUACCAAAUUUGAUGAAAUUAAAGGGCUGUGAGGGCCAACCAAAAUCCACAGGGGCCGGAUUAAACCUACCGGCAGGCUGGAUUCACUGGAUGAGGAAGAGGAGUGCGGGGGGCGUAACUCCCCCGGCAACACAAUCCCGGUGGGGUGCCAUCGUGGCUGCCCUCGCAGGCGGCGCACCAUGGCCCCAGGACACGCGCCAUGCCUCAGCAGGCGGCACACCACACCCCCAGGAUGCGCACCAGCCCCCCGCCUGCUCUCCCCCCCAUGCCAGAGCAUGAAGCUCCGCCACUGGCCGGAUUAGGUCCCCAAAACGGACUUUGGUCAUGCCUGGUAGAUGGACCAGUGGUUUAAACUGUCUAUAUGAAGCAGUGAAUCUAAUGCACACCUCAAUUUUCAGAACCUUGAAACCAAAAAAGCAUUUGCUGGGGAAUGUAAAUGCGCAUCAAAUCUAAUGCGCACCCUAAUAUUCGUGAAAUUGCAUUCGAGUAAAUACGGUUAAAGGUAAAGGGACCCUUGACCGUUAGGUCCAGUCGUGGACGACUCUGGAGUUGUGGCGCUCAUCUCGCUUUAUUGGCCAAGGGAGCCGGCGUACAGCUUCCAGGUCAUGUGGCCAGCAUGACUAAGCCGCUUCUGGCGAACCAGAGCAGCACACGGAAACGCCGUUUACCUUCCCACCGGAGUGGUACCUGUUUAUCUACUUGCACUUUGACGUGCUUUCAAACUGCUAGGCUGGCAGGAGCAGGGAACGAGCAAUGGGAGCUCACCCUGUCGUAGGGAUUCGAACCGCUGACCCUCUGAUCGGCAAGUCCUAGGCUCUCUGGUUUAACCCACAGCGCCACCCACGUCCCUUUUGUAUAAAUUUUUGCAACUGGUGUUCUAAGGAAAGGUCGAAAAAUUAAUCCUGAUAACAUUUAGGCUGGAUGUGUGUGCUCCUCUGUGUAUGGGGUUGCCUAAUGCCACACUCGAUAGCAGAGAAGAUGCCAAGAACACAUUGUUCCCCCUGGCAUUUCUCCAAAUGGCUGCAAAUAGCUGGGCGUCCCCCACAUUUGUGCCUCUCUUGAGGGCACUUUAGCAGGAGGCAGAGAGGCUGGCCUGAGGCUAUAUCUUUCCUUUUGAUUCCUUUUGCAAUAAACAUAUUGGACUGCCCUGGAAAUAGGAGCCGGAGAGGACAUUUGCCUCUUCUCUGUGCUUGAGGAAAUGGAAAUACAGUGGUACCUCGGGUUAAGAACUUAAUUCGUUCCGGAGGUCUGUUCUUAACCUGAAACUGCUCUUAACCUGAAGCACCACUUUAGCUAAUGGGGCCUCCUGCUGCCGCUGUGCUACUGCUGCACCAUUUCUGUUCUCAUCCUGAAGCAAAGUUCUUAACCCGAGGUAAUAUUUCUGGGUUAGCGGAGUCUGUAAUCUGAAGCGUCUGUAACCCGAGAUACCUCUGUAUAUAAAAACAUUAAAAAAUAGUCCAGUAGCACCUUAGAGACCAACUAAGUUUGUUCUUGGUAUAAGCUUUCGUGUGCACGCACACUUCUUCAGAUACACUGAAACAGAAGUCACCAGAUCUUUAUACACUGUCCCUCAGAAAGUUUGGAAAAGAAACAGAAACAGUGGAAAGUUUGCUGGCCCUGCACUAGAUCAUAGAAUCAUAGAAUCAUAGAGUUGGAGGAGACCCCAAGGGCCAUCGCGUCCAACCCCCUGCCAAGCAGGAAACACCAUCAGAGCACUCCUGACAUAUGGUUGUCAAGCCUCUGCUUAAAGACCUCCAAAGAAGGAGACUCCACCACACUCCUUGGCAGCAAAUUCCACUGUCGAACAGCUCUUACUGUCAGGAAGUUCUUCCUAAUGUUUAGGUGGAAUCUUCUUUCUUGUAGUUUGGAUCCAUUGCUCCGUGUCCGCUUCUCUGGAGCAGCAGAAAACAACCUUUCUCCCUCCUCUAUGUGACAUCCUUUUAUAUAUUUGAACAUGGCUAUCAUAUCACCCCUUAACCUCCUCUUCUCCAGGCUAAACAUGCCCAGCUCCCUUAGCCGUUCCUCAUAAGGCAUCGUUUCCAGGCCUUUGACCAUUUUGGUUGCCCUCCUCUGGACAUGUUCCAGUUUGUCAGUGUCCUUCUUGAACUGUGGUGCCCAGAACUGGACACAGUACUCCAGGUGAGGUCUGACCAGAGCAGAAUACAGUGGCACUAUUACUUCCCUUGAUCUAGAUGCUAUACUCCUAUUGAGGCAGCCCAGAAUUGCAUUGGCUUUUUUAGCUGCCGCGUCACACUGUUGGCUCAUGUCAAGUUUGUGGUCAACCAAGACUCCUAGAUCCUUUUCACAUGUACUGCUCUCAAGCCAGGUGUCACCCAUCUUGUAUUUGUGCCUCUCAUUUUUUUUGCCCAAGUGCAAUACUUUACAUUUCUCCCUGUUAAAAUUCAUCUUGUUUGUUUUGGCCCAGUUCUCUAAUCUGUCAAGGUCGUUUUGAAGUGUGAUCCUGUCCUCUGGGGUGUUAGCCACCCCUCCCAGAUUGGUGUCAUCUGCAAAUUUGAUCAGGAUGCCCUUGAGUCCAUCAUCCAAGUCGCUGAUAAAGAUGUUGAAUAAGACCGGGCCCAAGACAGAACCCUGUGGCACCCCACUAGUCACUCUUCUCCAGGAUGAAGAGGAACCAUUGAUGAGCACCCUUUGGGUUCGGUCAGUCAGCCAGUUACAAAUCCACUGAGUGGUAGCAUAGUCAAGACCGCAUUUUACCAGCUUCUUUACAAGAAUAUCAUGGGGCACCUUGUCAAAUGCCUUGCUGAAAUCAGAUGCUCACCUAGAGCUGACAAGGUCCCUGCUUGGAGGGUCUGGAUCUGACGUGCAUGGACGGCAGCAUUGGGUGGUGUAGGCAAAGAUGGCCAACGACCUGAAUGGCUUUGGAAGAGAACUGGGCAAAUUCAUGCGGUGGCUUCUAGCAGUCGGAGGCAGCAAUGGCUCUGAAUCGCAGUUGCUAGAAGCCACUGGAGGGGAGAGUGUUGCUCUUGUGCCUCAGUUCUGCUUGCGGGUUUCCCACAGUCAUCCGGUUGGCCCCUGUGAGAACAGGGCGCUGGGCCUGUUGAGAUGGCAACGUUGACUUGUUUAAUUAGAGAAGAAUCAUUACCGGCAUUCUUUUUUGUAAGGAUUGCAAACUUCUUAUGGACUUCCUGCAUGAAAGAGACAAUUAACUUGUAAUAAAGUGGUACCUCGGGUUAAGUACGUAAUUCGUUCCGGAGGUCCGUUCUUAACCUGAAACUGUUCUUAACCUGAAGCACCACUUUAGCUAAUGGGGCCUCCUGCUGCUGCUGCGCUGCCAGAGCACAAUUUCUGUUCUCAUCCUGAAGCAAAGUUCUUAACCUGAGGUACUAUUUCUGGGUUAGCGGAGUCUGUAACCUGAAGCAUAUGUAACCUGAAGCAUAUGUAACCUGAAGCGUAUGUAACCCGAGGUACCACUGUAUCUGGAUUUGAAGUUUUUUUUUAAAAAAAUUGGUUUAUAGAAGAUAGAAGGGUUGGAUGAGUGAAUACUCUAUUUAGCUGCAGGACAGAGAACCGAAAGUCUUUUUUUUCUUUAUAAUUUUCUUACUUUUUUCCUUUUCUUCUUCUUUCUGCUUCUGUUCUUUUUUUUAGAUUAAGUAUCUGUAUUAUUUCCAUGUAUUAUAGAAAGAGACUUAGUAGUGGAUGGGAUUUUUUGUAUAUGCUUGAAUAAGUAUCAAUAAUAAUUUUGUUGUUGUUGUUGUUGUUGUCAGCAACAACAAGAUGGCCCAUUGGCCUGACCCAGCAGAGUUCUUAUCCUGGGCUGUACCAUUUCAGGUGAUAGGAGAGAGAGCUGUGUGUCUGCUCUACUUUAAACCUCAAGACAAAAAGCAGUUCUCUCUAUAUGGAAAAUGGGUGUCUUCAGGGAGGAUAGCCUCAAAAUCUCCCCCAUCACGUGCUAGUUUUCUGUGCGCAGGGAGACUCUCCCUGCCCCCAGAACAAGGCUUUGUUCAAAUCAAAUUGGAGGCCUCGGUCCAGUAUACCUGAAGGAGCAUCUCCACCUCCAUCGUUCUGCCCGGACACUGAGGUCCAGUGCCAAAGGCCUUCUGGCGGUUCCCUCGCUGCGAGAAGCCAAGUUACAGGGAACCAGGCAGAGGGCCUUCUCGGUAGUGGCACCCGCCCUGUGGAACACCCUCCCACCAGAUGUCAAAGAGAGAAAUAACUACCAAACUUUUAGAAGACAUCUAAAGGCAGCCCUGUUUAGGGAAGCUUUUAAUGUUUAAUAGGUUAUUGUAUUUUAGUGUUUUGUUGGAAGCCGCCGAGAGUGGCUGGGGAAACCCAGCCAGAUGGGCGGGGUAUAAAUAAAUAAUAAUAAUUAUCAUUAACAUUAUUAACAUUAUUAUUCACUGCUCUUUCUCUCUUGCCUUGCAGCGAGUCGGAUGGCAACCCCAGCACGGAAGAUGAGUCCAGCAAGGGGCAAGAGGACUUGUCUCCCCACCCGCUUGCCAGCGCCUCUGACGGAAGUGCCACCUUGAGCCUUCCUGGCCACAUGGAGCCCGUCUACAUGCAGCAGCUUGGAAACUCCAAAAUAUCUCUCAGCUCCCCCGGGGUUUUGUUGAACGGGAACUUGGUGCCUGCCAACCCGUCCCCCGUUUUCCUUAACGGCACCUCUUUCAUCCAGGGGCCCAAUGGGGUGCUCCUCAACGGGCUCAACGUGGGCGCUCCCUCGCCCUUGAAUCCACCCAAAACGUCUCCGAGCUCUUUGAGCAACGGCAUGCCCUUGGCCGACAUGCUGGCCUCUUCGUCGGAAGACGUGAAAGACUUCAAAAUCCUCCAGACUUCCAUGUCCAACUCGGCGGCCCCGUUGACGACGACAACGACGACAGCAUACAGUCCCAGUUCUGCCUCUUUCUCAGGUCUGAUACCAAGCCUUGAGGUGAAGAGGGAAGAAAGUGAAGAAGCCAUUGCCUCGCAAGACGGCAGCUCCAUUGUUACCUUCACAGGCCCUGUCCAAAUAAACCAAUAUGGCGUCGUCCAGAUUCCCAAUUCGGCAACAAACGGAGGCCAGCUCCUCAACGGAGGCAUCAGUUUUUCACCAGUCCAGCUCCCUCCGGUAUCGACAGCAACUUCCCAAGGUAGGUUUUUCUCUUUCUUCAAUUUGCUACGGGGUUCGGAAAGCUGAGCCUCUUGCAUAUUUUCGUAGUUGUGCUUCGUACGUCAGAUUUCACCCGCCUGCACCCCUCCAGGACCGCAACCCCCAUCAGCCCCUGCCAGCAUGGCCGUGAUGUCUAUGGCUGGGCUUGCUGAGGCUGAUGGGAGUUGUAGGUCAAAACAUCAGGUGGGUGAACGCUCCUGUAUGGAAUGCGUAAGCGGGUCCCUUCUGUACACAGAAGGAAUUUUUCCGCAAAGAGAAGGUCAUUUGAUCAAGUCAUUUGAGCGUCUCUACCCCCAUCGUUCUUCCUGGACACUGAGGUCCAGUGCCGAGGGCCUUCUGGCGGUUCCCUCACUGCGAAAAGCAAAGUUACAGGGAACCAGGCAGAGGGCCUUCUUGGUAGUGGCACCCGCCCUCUGGAACGCCCUCCCAUCAAGGAAAUAAACAAGAAUCUGACGUUCAGAAGACAUCUGAAGGCAGCCCUGUUUAGGGAAGCUUUUAAUGUUUGAUGGACUAUUGUAUUUUAAUAAUUUGUUGGAAACCGCCCAGAGUGGCUGGGGAAACCCAGCCAGAUGGGCGGGGUUUAAAUAAAUUAUUAUUAAAAUUGUGGCAGUUUUUGACAGUCCUCCCUGGGCCACCUCACAUGCUGUCCCUGAGGGGUGGUGGUAGUGGUCUCUCUACAGCCUCCUUCCCCAAAAAUGGCUCCUGGAGGUUGAGUCUUCUGGAGCAGAAUGGCUCCUGGGCGUUACCAGAAAAUUGAAGAAACCCCCCUCCUCAUGUGUGGCUUAUUCUCAUUGAUCUAAGCCUAGGAUUCUGGCUGCUAGAUAUUGAGGAUCCCUCCCCCCACUCAAGUGUCACAUGCAUCCAAUAAAGAAAUGAGCUGCACACCAUCUAAAUCAGACCUGAAAAUGUCUAUAGGGUACCUUUGGUUGAAAUUUAAAGCACUUAAACAAUGUCGAAUCAGGGGGAAGCAACCAUUUUCUCCCACAGUUUUCUAAAACGCGCAUCUCUUCAAAUAUGUCUCUUGAAAUAGCGAAGCAAGCUUAGUUUCGUGUGUGUUUUUAUUUUAUUUUUUAAAAAGUUACCCUGCUCUGUAAAAGUGGCUAGCAUACAGGAAAAGGAGUGGAAAGGAAGUUUCUAUGUUGGGGAGCCAACACUGAGAAGGCCCUCUCACAGAUCCCUACCUGCAUUGCAUCUGAAGGGAGAGGGCAUGUGUAGAAGGUUCUCUGGGGAAUAAUAAUAAUAAUUUUAUUAUUUGCACCACACCCAUCUGACUCAUGGCACAUGCAGGAGGAGAUGGCCAUUAAGAUAGCCUGGUCCCAAACCAUUUAGGGCAGAGGUGGCUAAGCUGUGACUGUCCAGAAGUUGGACUACAACUCCCAUCAUCCCUAACCAUUAAUCAUGUGGACUGGAACUGAUGGAAGUUGUAGUCCAAAGCACCUGGAGGUCCGCAGGUUAGCAACCCUUAAUACAGGGCUUUAGAAGUCAAAACCAGCAUGUUGAAUUUGGCUCAGAAAUGGAUUGGGAGCCAGCAUAGCUGUUUUCAAACUAGUUAGAUGUGUCCCUUAUUCCCAGGCCCUGUUAGUAACCUAGAUUACCAUAGUUUCCAAACACUAUUUUUUUCCUUUGGUCAUUUUUGCAUUUAUAAAAGGCAACCAAAGUAAGCAGAUCUCAAAUGCAAACAGUAAGGUAACCUAUGUUGGUCAAGUGAGAGCUCAUUUUCUGAACUUGGUAUAUGAUCUCCCUGGACCGAAUUUUAAUUGCAUCAAACAACUUGCUGCAAGGAGCCAAGAGCUUCACAUCUCCAGUCUCCGUUUUUCUUCUAUCCCGGAGGAGAUCCUUAUAAAUAGUUCUCCACUCCACCAUCUGGGCUUCUCAAAAUACCUCUUUGUUCUUUGCUGAGCUAGAAUUUGCAUUCCGGUACCUUCUGCAAAAAGACUAAUCUGACUGCGGUUCACAUUAAGUUGCUUUGCUUUGCUUUUCGGUACUGAUUCUCUCCCCCCCCCCCCAAUUUUUUUUUAAUUCAUUUUAUAACACAAAUAAACAACACAAACAGAAAAACCACCAAUACAAACAAAUUCUUGUCUUAUCCUUAUUUUUUCUAAACAUUAUUAGGUGAGCUUCCCCAAGUCCCCCCAUCUGAUUUUCAUUUUACCUCAUCUUUAGCAGUUUACAUAUAUCAUAAUUAUUUAGCAUUUUUUUAUCACACUUUCUUUUACCAUAAUAAUCUUCACAUUUUAUCCCUUACAAGUAAUACUAUUUUAAAAUACACUAUCUUCUACUUCUAACCCUUCAGCCUAUAUCUACUUCCAAAGCUAUUCUAAGAUUUAAAUAUUAACAUAUUUUUUCAAAUAUUCUUUAAACUUCUCCCAAUCUUCCUCCACAUCUUAAGAGGAGGAUUAAAAGGCCAGGGAACUGACUUCUUCAAUUGUGUUAACGUGCGAGUCAUUCGUAACUUUUGGACAAUGCCGCAGUUGCUGGAUAAAACUGCCUGAGAGCCAGUGUGGGGUAGCGGUUAGUGGGUUGGAUCAAGGACCCAGGAGAUGAGGGUUCAAAUCCCCGCUCAACCAUGAAGCUCUAUGGAUGACUUUGUGCCAGUCACAGUCUCUCAGCCUAACCUGCUUCACAGAGUUGAUGCAUAGCUGUCAACUUACAGAUUUGAAAAUAAGGGACCAGCAGCCUCGAAAAUAAGGGAUUAGCAGCCAAAAUAAGGGAUUUUUCGAGCGCAGGUAUGUUCAACUUCUGAGCCCCUCCAAGCCAAAGGCAGAAAGCCCAGCCAGCAGCCAAACAAAGCCUCAAGCGGUGGUUCCCACAGCGCAGCAACCCGGCAAAGGGGAUGCAGCAAGGAAAACCACCGUCACCUCUCCGCUGGGAAGCGCUGAGCAAAGGCGAGUCCCCAGGCAAUGCGGCUGGGCACAAGGCAUGCAAGCUCCACCCCCCAGUCGUUCUUAGACUCCUUAUUGGGUGAGCAAUGCAGCCAAGCAACACAGUUGGAGCCUCCCUCCUCCCUGGCUGGCAGGGAGGGAGGGAGAGGAGCUGCUUCCUUUGAAACCCAGGAAAUUUAAGGGACAUCAUCAAUAAGGGACAGCAGCGGGACACAGCGCUAGGAUAAGGGACUUUCCCGCCAAAUAAGGGACGGUUGACAGCUAUGGGUUGAUGCGAGGAUAAAAUUGGUGCAGGGGAGGGGGGAGAAUCAUAGAAUUGUGGAGUAGGAAGGUCCAACCCCUGGCAAUGCAGGAAACUUUUGCCCAUCAUGAUCCCACAGCCCUGAGAUUAAGAGCCUGAUGUUCUACCGACAGAAAAAAAUUAAUCGUGCCACAGAACCAGAAACUGAUUAUUCAGCCUGGCUGGGCCUGAUCUGAGCUGCAGUCAAAAACAUCUUCGAUGGCACCAGGUUCGUGAAGGCAGUGGCCAAGGAGUGAUUAGCAGUGCAUCAUCAUCCUGAAGCUCCUUUUCUCCUAAUUCAGAUCUUUAUAGAUCUAAUCCAGGCGCCUGGAGCCAAGCGUUCGGAUGUGUCAUAUCCUGGUCUUGGCAAGGCAGCAAGAAUAGCACUCAGAUGAGCAACUUGCUCUGACAACGCCUGAGAAUGAACAGAAGGCUUAAAGUCGGGGUGGCUAACCUGAGGCCCUGCAGAUCUUUCUGGACCACAAUUCCCACCACUGGCCAUUAGCCAAUGGCUGGUGGGAGCUCUACUGCAGCAGCAUCUUUUUGGUCAUUGAUUAGCCAUCCUUGGCUUAAAGGGGCAGGCCUUUCUUUGGCUUGGAGCUUAGAGCUCCUCUGUGUGCAUUUCCUGCCUUGCUUGAAAGACAUACAUUGGCUCCCAGUAUGUUUCCAAGUACAGUUCAAAGUGUUGGUGUUGACCUUUAAAGCCCUAAACAGCCUUGGCCCAGUAUACCUGAAGGAGUGUCUCCACCCCCAUCGUUCUGCCCGGACACUGAGGUCCAGCGCUGAGGGCCUUCUGGCGGUUCCCUCAUUGCGAGAAGUGAGGUUACAGGGAACCAGGCAGAGGGCCUUCUCGGUAGUGGCGCCUUCCCUGUGGAACGCCCCCCCCCCAUCAGAUGUCAAAGAGAUAAACAACUACCUGACAUUUAGAAGACAUCUGGAGGCAGCCCUGUUCAGGGAAGUUUUUAAUGUGUGACAUUUUAAUGUACCGUAUUUUUUGCUCUAUAAGACUCACUUUUUCUCUCCUAAAAAGUAAGGAGAAAUGUGUGUGCGUCUUAUGGCGCGAAUGCAAGCUGCGCAGCUAUCCCAGAAGCCAGAACAGCAAGAGGGAUUGCUGCUUUCACUGUGCAGCGAUCCCUCUUGCUGUUCUGGCUUCUGAGAUUCAGAAUAUUUUUUUUCUUGUUUUCCUCCUCCAAAAACUAGGUGUGUCUUGUCAUCUGGUGCGUCUUAUAGAGCGAAAAAUACGGUAUUUUUAAUCUUUGUUGGAAGCCGCCCAGAGUGGCUGGCGAGACCCAGCCAGAUUGGUGGGGUACAAAUAAUAAAUAAUAAUAAUAAUUAUUAUUAUUAUUAUUACUGGGCUGACAAGGAAGGGGCUGGUGGUUACUCAGAGUGGGGGGAAGAUUGUAGGUUGCGGCUUCAGGUGUGGGUUCCGACUGGUUCUUUCCCCCCAAAUCCAUGUGGGAACUUCAACCUUCUUCAUUCCUGCAGCUCUUGGGGUGAUGUGCACCUCUGCUCUCAAUCAUAGGAGCCAACUCCUAGGGGUCAAGGUCCCUUUGCCCCCCCCCAUAAAAUAUUUGAGUGGCUAGGCCUCCCCAAAGUUGAUGAGUAUUGCCAUUCAGAUGGUGUGCGUGCACCGCAUCAUGUGAUUCAUUGUGUGGGGUGGGGCUUACCCCCCCCCCCAAUAUUUUUCCAAGUUGGCACUCCUGUUCUCUAUCCACUCUUUUUUGUCUCUCUGACUGAGUUUGGACCUAAGGAAGCCAUAUUUCCCUGCUAUGUGAAUGAGUUCAGACCUCAGUGCUCUCUCUUCCUCUUGUGUGGGUUAAAAGAAGGUGCACAGAAUCUUCUGCUUUCACUUACAAGCUAACGCAGUUCCCCAUGAUGGCUGAACUCAAGAAACCAUUGUUUACCACAACUAUGGUUGGUGGGAAGGUGCUGGUAGCAAGCUGUAACUCCAGGCUACUUCUGGCUUGUCCUCAGGCUGGUGACGGUGACAAAAUCUGUUAAAUCUGUUAGAGCAUCAUACAAUAUAGGUGUUUGGGAGGGGAAACAGAGAUAUUUCUACACCCCACUUAGGAUUUCAUGGUGAAAAAAUUUUCUGCUGCUGAAAAGCUAGACUGUUGUUAAAAUGCAUCUUUUAUGAAAGCCCAGGAGACACAGAAACACAUUAUUAUUGUUAUUAUUACUACUAUUAUUGUUAACAUUUUCAUUAACAUUAUCAAAAAUUUGUAUAAUGCCCUUCAUCUGUAAAUCUCAGGGCAGUUCACAACAUAAAAUCACAAUAUAAAAAACACAAAAUACAUUAUUAUUACUACUAUUUAAUUACAGUGGUACCUCAGGUUAAGAACGUAAUUCGUUCCGGAGGUCCGUUCUUAACCUGAAACUGUUCUUAACCUGAGGUACUACUUUAGCUAAUGGAGCCUCCUGCUGCCGCUGCACGAUUUCUGUUCUCAUCCUGAAGCAAAUUUCUUAACCUGAGGUACUAUUUCUGGGUUAGUGGAGUCUGUAACCUGAAGCAUCUGUAACCCGAGGUACUACUGUAAUGUGUCUUUUAGGAAAGCCACAGGAGACACAGAAGCACAUGGGCUGUGGGACCUUGACUUUGCAAUCUUUAUUCUACACUGAUGCACAACUUUAAGACUGUUCCUGUUUGUUUGUUUUCCCCUUCCUCUCCCACCGCAGGCAACUUGCCGCUAAAUCAAAGCACACCCAGCAGCGGCACGUUUACAAGCGACUCCGCCGCGACGCAGCAAGGGAAAGUGUUUUUCAGCAACCUUCCUCCCAGCGCGGUGGUCUACACGCUCCCCAACUCCAGCCAGGCAAUCGGGCCAGUCAAGCAGGAAGGUCUGGAGGCCAGCCUGGUGUUUUCUCAAGUCAUGUCCCUCGGCCAGAACCCGCAACUCCACGCAACCCUGCCUUCGGACAGCCUCUCCGGCGGGGGGCCUUCCUCGCUCGUCAACGUCACCCUGUCACAUAACUUUUCCCUGGGACCGCCCACUCUGAUAAACUCCGAAGAACUCGGCUCGCCCGUGUCCGAGAGCCCGCCCCUGUCGGCCCCCGCCACAAGCGGGGCGACCGUGGUUUCCAUCACCAACUCAAACUAUGCAACGCUCCAGAACUGCUCCCUCCUCGCCAGUCACGACCUGAUGUCCAUUUCGGCAACGCAGCCGGCGCUCGGGGGGAUCGGCCCGGCCAUUGGCGGCCACGUCGGACCCCACCCGUCGGCGCAAGUGCACCCCCAUUUCGCCCGGGAGCAGCGGUUGGUGCUGCAGCCCGUCACCAGCCUGAAGGAAAACUUCUUGUCUGAGGCAGAGAGCAAAUCCGCUAGUGGCUUGAUGAUGCUGGAUUCGAAAACCAAAUACGUAAUGAGCAAUAUGGUCGACGCAAUCUGCGAGGAGCUGGAGACAGACAAAAAGCAGCUGGCCAAGCUCCAGACAGUGCAAAUGGACGAAGAUAUGCAAGACUUGUAA